AUGUCUCACCGCCACUACCCUAAGUGCCUAUUAGGCUUUCUAGCAAUUGUGCAUCCUUCACUUGCAUUUGCACCUAAUUUUCAAUUGAAUUCACACCACCACGUACUGCUUGAUAAUUCUGCAACGAUCGAACAUUUUCGCCAGACUAUCUAUGAAGGAGAAUCAACUGCUACCACCUUGUAUGCAUCAUCACCGGAUGAUAUCAGCAAAGGUGAUGAGAAGGAUGAUUUCGAUGUGGAAGCAGCUCGUCGGAAGUUAGAAUCCAUGAUGGGGACUGCAUCAGAUGAAACAGCGGACAGCAAAGAAGUGUCAUCAGAGGGCAAUUUGUCAUUCCCAUCAUCCUCAUUACAGGUUUUGGACGAUCUGCUUUCAUCGAGCAAAACAAUGAAAACUGAAGAGGACAUCGAAUUACCAUCUCCGCCACCACUGUCUACGAUUGAACGAGAUCGCAGAAAUGCCGAAAUUCAGUUGCUGAAGGAGUUAGACGUGACCGAUGAAGCCUCGAGCGAGCUAUGGAAAUUAUGGUAUUCCGAACGAGGAGGAACUGCAAAAAAGAAACUAGAAGUCGUGGAUAGUCUAAUGGGCAAUCCAAAGACUUGGAAGAUGACAGAAACAGUCUUGCGAGAAAUUAUUGAUGAAUAUGGAAUCUACUUUGUGGAACCACUCAAUCGAUUGGCCACGUUGUCUUAUUUGCAAGGCAAAUUCGACGAAUCUUAUAAGCUAUGCUUGGUAAUUUUGAAAGUAAAACCAUGGCAUUUUGGAGCCCUCUCUGGGAUCGUUCAGGUCUGCAUUGGUAAGGGAGACAGAGAUGGUGCACGAGAUUGGGCAGCCAAAAGACUGCCGAACAUGGUGGCAGGAGACUCCUUUCCCCCAUUUGCGACAGAUGGACCAAAGAACCCGAGAAGGAAAAAAUGGGUUGAUAAGCAAGUUGCUGCGGCGGAGAAACAAUUGAAAAAAAUUGAACAGGAAACAAAGAGAAGUUUUGGAAAGCCAGAUUCCUAUGUUUCGGAUGAAGCGAAAGGAGAUAUUGGGUCAGCGAGUGAAAGUUCAGACUCGGGAAUUCAAGAAUCUGACGAUAAUACUGGUGCGUGGAUGUAA